AGUGAUAGGAUCUGUAUAAAAGUGAUUCCACUCCACAGCAGCAGAGUGUGUGUUCCUGCCAUAGAACAGCAAAUAUGAAAGUGGUUGUAGCAUUCGUGUUCUUACUGGGUGCCUGCCUGGCUCAGAUGCCUCAUCCGUGCAGUAAGUACAGUGACUUUGUUUUCAGGACCAACGUAACUGUAGGAUCUUAGAAGCUCUCACUUUGCUUUUACUUUGAGUGAAUUUUGUAUUCCAUGUUGAAUGCUGUGUUUUAAUGUGGCCCAUCUUAUUCCAAAAUCCCAGAGAGUCCUCCUCUGCUGGCCGGGUCAAUGAUCUUGGUGAGUGUGUUUUAAAAUGUGGAUUCUGAGCACAAAAAAAGAAUAUCAGAGCAAAAUGAGAAUUAAAAAGUGUGAAAAAGGGACACUUAAAAUCCCUCUGCUCUUCUCUCACCAGUUUACACAGGAUGAGAAGUUGGGGCUUAAGUCCAAUUACAUGUACGAUGCAUACAGACAAUGGCAGAGGUUUACCCAGGCUGGCGUCGCAGACAACGAGACCUUCAACUACGACAUUUUUCUGCUCUACAAAGAGGUAACAAAAAUGACACAAACAUAUAUCCUUAUUUCAUAAGAGUAAAAGAGUGAAAAAUUCUGGGUAUUAAAGUAAUUAAAUUAUUUUAAAAGGUUGCAAUGUUAUUCAAAAUUAACUUCUUAAUGUAUCUCCCUUUAAAAACAGACUUUAUUUUUGUUGUAUAAUGACUUUAAGUCCCACUCCGCUUGUUUUUUUUUUGUUUUUUUUAACUACUUAGAGUGUUCUUAGUGGUCUUUAAGUUGUGAUUUGGACGUUUUUUAGCCAAAAUCACGUUACCUGUGUCAUUUUCAUUAGCUUAUUGGCAAUUUGCCUCUGAGUCUUGGGCAAAGACAGAACUGCUCUGCACACUCCUCUUCACAUUAGCUUACAGCUUAACGUUUCCAGUGUCGGAGAAGUAGCAGGUAAUAUACGAGCUAUUCAGCUCUCGGAAACUAAUGUCUUUGGGGUUAUGAUGAAAGCUUAUAUCGUAAUUAGCUUUCUUGCGCACAUUGCAAUCCACUGACGCGCAUGCUUGUUCCGCGAUCAUCCUCUGUACUUUUCCAAAUGUGGCCUGCGUAGCGGGGCUCUGGUGGCGGAGCUUUGAUUUGCUAUGUAGGAAAUCUAACUCUGUGGAAGCAGCCUGUCGUUUGGGUCUGUCAGAGGUUGACAGCAAUUUGAAUGCAGAAAUACUCAGAUAUGCAAUUUCACUCUUACUUUUCUCGUGUUAUGUCCAGUAGUAACAGAAAAAUGCCAUAUGAACAUGUACUGUAGACAACAAGAAAACAUGAUUUUUAUCAGAGUGGGUCUUUUAAUACAACUAUAAUUUUUGUGUUUCAUAUGUGUUUGUGUGUGCUUGACUGAUGUGGGGAUCAAUUUCUGAAACUGGUCCUGUAUUGAGGGAUACCCACAGAGGAAGACUGUCUGUGUUGUGAUGAGUGGGACUUGUUGAUACCUAACCUCAUUGGCAUUGAUACUAUGGACACACAACGCUGUGUGACCACGUCAGAGGACAUGUCCACAAUCUGAGCCUUUUAAUGAUUAAAAUAAAAGCAUUUGUAGUUGACGCAGUGUGAUGACCUGCAGUUUCCCGGUCAAACUACAUUCUGGCUCAUUUUGUGGCUGCUCCACUCUCCCUCAAUACUGGACCAGUUUCAGGAAUUGGACAAAAAAAAAACACUUGCUUAAAGGGAUAUUCCAACGUAAAUUUAAGUCAUGGCCAAACACACUGAGUUAGGACCCCCCCUUGAGAGAUGAAUGUUGCCUACUGCUUGUUUCUAUUUCACCAACUUCAACAAAGACUGCAUGAUAGCAAUACACAGCGGUCUACAUCUCCAUGUGCAAACCUCAACCAAAAAGCCACUCUAUAGCCACAAAUAAUGCUCAGAACAGCUUCAUCAACAAUACAUAUAGGGUCCCAGCCAUAGUACUAGCCAUCAAACAUGUUUUUAACUUUGCCUGAUUUCUUCAGCAAAGACACUAAAUACAACUCAUCCACUCUCCUCCAGCAGCCUAUUGUUUGUGGAGAAGCGUUGAUGAGUCGAUCACCGAGUGCAUCGGAGCUCAAGGAAGAACAUUUAUGAUUAUUACUUCAUGGAAAUGCAGUCAGAGUUAUUGUGUAUCUUGUAUGUGCACUUCAGUCACGGUAGUUCUUCAGACUUAGUGUCUCAGUCUGAUUGUAUUUCCAUGAAGUAAUCAUCAUAAAUUUUCUUCCUUAUGCCAUAAUAUCCCUUUGAAGUUUUUGUAAUGAUACAAUAAGAACAAACUGUGAUUAUGGCUGAUAUUGCAUGAAUUGUAGUUUAGGAAAUGUUAAUGAUUUAGGGUGGGUAUUAAAACUUUGAAGGCUCUACACACAGAUUAGCUGUAAAAAGAUGAAAGUAAACUGGUAUUAUUUUUGACCGUAACCUCGGCGCAACAUUUUAGAAGUGAGCUUUAAACAUAAAGUGAGUUACUUUUGAAGUAAAUAAGAGUUGUCCUAACUUCUCAACUUCAAUCCAUCAGCAUGUGGCCUAUGUGGUCGACAAUGAUAACCAAACCUGCACUGGCUAUCCUCUGUACGGGGACUACCAGCCCAUAGUCAUCCCAGGAGAUGCAUAUCUGCUGGCUCAGUCUUUCAUAGGUAGCUCAUCAGAACCCAGAGAAGGAGUCCUCGUCAACACCUGGUCCGGAAAUCUGCCUAACCAAGAAGGUAAGAGAUUGUGUAAUGGUACAAACCGCCUCAGAUGUUAAUUCUUCUAUGAUGGAUCAUUUUGUUUUAUCUGUGACCCUGCAGGACUGUACAUAAGCACAGUGACUCAAUUUGGAUGUGUUCCUGUCAACUCUAUGUACCACACCAGGAAGUAUGGAUGGAUGAUACUACAGUAAGUUCACACUUACAGUUUAAUAACAACACAGUGUAAAUGAAAAUAUUAGGCAACAGUGACAGAUUGUCACAGUGACAGGUCCAUAGGCUGCAUAAAAGAAGUGGAGAUGCCCUCUGUGAUGUCGCCCAGGGAACCAGGUGUUUCUCAGUUGACCACUCCAACACAAUCAUUCAGGAAACAAAUCUUAUUAUGGACCCUUUAAGUGUUCUUAGGACCCACUUAAAUCAUUGUCUGUGGUGUUUGUCCCUGGAGGUCAGAACAUCCAAAAGCUAUCAACACCACUGAAUAACCAUCACGGAUUAUAGCACUUCAAUACUUUUUUUAUUUUUUUAUUUUUAUUUUUUUACCUUUGAUAUAUCAUUCAGUUGCUAUCCUGGAAGGCAGGUAGAGGUGGUUAGGGUUCGCCUGAUAGCAUAACCUGUCCUGAGAUCUAUUUGCUCUGAUUCAUUAAAUGACAGGACCAGGUAUUUACUAAAACUACAGAUAGAAAGAAAAAAAUGCUAAUUCACAAAAAUCUGUUUGUUAUUCCGUCCUCUAGGUACAUCGACAAUGUCAAGGGGCUCCCAGACCCUGAUCAACUUAUCCCUCCACCUUUCUGCCUAGACCCAGCCAAAGUAGGAUUCAGCGCCCAGAAGCCAGUCGACUUCCUUGACUUGUUCCAGCAGAUGAUGUGAAAGCCUCCUUAAACAAAAGUGUCAAACUGACUGAGAGAUCUCUAACCAAUCAAACUGAGCUACUAAUUCAAAGCUUUGUCAUGUAAUUUUACCGUAUUACUUCUGGGCAUGGGGCCAGGGAGUAUGAGAUUCUACAGUAUGAUUACCUUAAACUAAAGAAUGAUAGUUUUAAUUUUUUCCACUUAUUUAUGGAAACUGCUUACCCUAAAAUCUGCUAUUAGGAGUGUUUUCCUAAACUGUGUUUUCCUGUGAAAUAAAUUUGACAGUGGCAACUCACCAGCUGAGUGUUAAGAGCA